GCAAAACCUUUUAGUAAACCAAGAUGGCGAUGUUAGCCGAAAGAAAAUCUAAGCAAAAAUGGAGCCACGAUCCAAGGAACAAAGCUUGGAGCACCAAUACAGAUCGGUUUGGUUACCAGAUGUUGACCAAGAUGGGGUGGUCAGCUGGUAAAGGCCUUGGUGCUAAUGAAAGUGGGUCUACAAGCCAUGUUAAAGUAUCCUUGAAGAAUAAUAACCUUGGUGUUGGAGCCAAGGCAAGUCAGGAAGACAACUGGCUAGCCCACCAGGAAGACUUCAAUGAUCUUCUUGCACACCUCAAUAGGGCAAACAAUAGUGAUGCUGGUAAUGAAGACAGUGACAGCGGCGCAAAGAACAAAGAUAUGGAAACAAUUGCAAGAAAUUCAAAGAAAAGAGUCUUUUACCAGAGGUUCAUAAAAAGCAAGAAUACAUCCAGCUAUUCAGCAGAAGACAUGGCUUGUAUCAUGGGACAACGAAGCAAGUCAGCUCCUGACUCACCUGCAGAUCUUUCAGAGAAUGAGGAUUCAGACGAUAGCUGUGCUUCAUGCCCUGUCAUAUCUGAAACACAUGAUCUAGGAAUGACCACUAUCACUAGUAAGCAGAGCGUUCAAGAUUAUUUUGCCAUGAAAAUGGCUGAGCUUAAAGAAAAAAGAAGACUAGAAAGUUCUGCCGGUCAAGACAUGACUCAAGGAACAAACAACGAGGAGGACGAUAGAGAAGAGACAUUGGAUGUUGCGAGUCGAAAGAAACAGAAAAAAAAGGCAAGGAAAAGAACAGAUGACGUUCAAGAAGAUAUUGAUGAUUCUGAGAAGACUGGAGUAAAAUUAUCGGACGAUAAAAUUCCUAAGAAGAAGAAAAAGAAAUCAAAGAAAAGAGAGUUGAACGAAGAUGAAGAGGACGAAGAAAGCACGAGCGAAGUUGCGAUCAAUAAGGAAGAUGAAAAAGCAACCUCGGACGACAAAAGUGAAAAGAAAAAGAAGAAGAAAGAAAAGAAAUUAAGAAAAAAAGUUGAAGGAGUAAGCCAUUAUGAUCUUAGAAAUCUAGAGGAUAAGAAGAUUAAAUUGCAGAAGAAUGAAGAAUCUUGUGAAAAUGUAAAGAAAAGGAAGCGAAAAAACGGAAAAAGUAAACUAGAGGAAGAGGAAAUUUGUCAAAAUGAAACUAAAACUUUGAUCUCAAAGAAAAAGAAAAAGUCUGACAUUGAUUCUAUUAAAAAUGAAGAUGAAAAAGAAAGAGGACAAGACGAGAAACGAAAAGAAAAGAAAAAGAAGGAAAAACAAAACAGGAAUUUUGAGAUAAAAAUAAACAAAGGAAAAACAAGGAAAAGCAAAGACAAAAAGGCUAAAUAGGUAGGAGAUGAAAGAUUUCAUUUUUAAAUUUACGCCAAUUUUAUGUCAAGGUAUGAAAGAUUAAUAGGUAAUGCCGGGAUUUCGAAAAAUUCCUCUGACUGCCAAAUUGGACUCAGCCUACGGCCUCAUCCAAUUUUGUCAGUCCUCGGAAUUUUCCUCGUCCAAUUAUUUCUUAAUUGGACAGCAUGGAGUCCUAUUACAUAUACUAAUUUUUGUAUUCUUGAUUUCAUUAUUCGAUUCGAUCAUUCAUUAUUGAAAACGAACCUUUCAGCGACAUAUAUGCUUGGCUUUUGUAUAUGCUAGGCCUCGAAGAUUCGUUUUCAGUAAUGAUUUGGUUUGGCUGUAACUAUAAUUUUUAGUUCCAGACAGACUGACAGACAGACAGACAGACAGACAGACAGACAGACAGACAGACAGACAGAAAGACAGACAGACAGACAGAC